UUCCUGGAAUCUCCUUCGGAAAAGUUCCAGCCCUUUACUCUACAGCACUCUGCCUAACGCCGAGGUACUACAGAUGCAGUCCAUAGAUCCAAAAUCCCUUUCCAUCCUCCAAACACGCAUCGCCUACCUGAAAUCCUUCAUACACUUCACGCAGGCCGAUGCCGCCGCCCUCCACGCUGCGAGACCCGUCGUCGAAGCGCUCAUCCCCGGCAUCAUUGACGCGGUCUACAAGAAACUCCUGAGCUACGAUAUAACGGCAAAGGCGUUCGUACCCAGACAAACCGGCUAUGAUGGCGUGGCACCGACAAAGAUAGAGGAAUUGAACCUAGAACACCCGAUGGUCAAGUUCCGGAUGGGCUUUUUGAAGGGGUAUUUGAAAAAGUUGGUGGUGGCGGAUUACGAUGAUUUGGGGACCUGGGUAUGGACAUCUCCUUUUAAGGGUAAGGGGAGCUGGGCUAAUGCGGUUUGCAGGAGUACUUUGACAAAGUCGGGAUCAUGCACACUGGUGCUGCGGGCUUUGCCCAUCGGUAAGCCUAUCCCGCAUCCUUACCCUACCCUUCGGUCUGACCGGUGAUGCGUAGAGCAAAGAAACCCGGGCUUCGCGUCGAGUACAUACACAUGGGACUUCUCCUCGGCUACGUCGUCGACUUGGUGAUUGCAGCAGUCCUAGCUCAUCCCGACCUCGAUAACGAGACGAGGAGCGCUGUUUUAAGGGCUUUGAACAAAGUCAUUUGGAUACAGAAUGAUUGUUUGCCACUCCAUCCAAGUUUUACGGGAUAGGGCUAAUGGGGGUAUAGUGUUUGCGAGGCAUUAUGUUGUGGAUCUGGAUACGGGCAAUUCGAUCGCUGCACCGAACCAAGGGUUGUGGGAGGGGUGGGCCAAGCAUAUCAUGGUCGGAGCUGUGGUCGCGGCUGGGAUUUUAGGGGUUCAGACAAUUCUCCAGGCGUCAUAG